GCGGAUCUGCGUGGAGGGGUGCCCGAAUUCGGGGAGUUCGGCCGCGCGAGGGACCAAAAGGCAGGCACGCACGCCCCCAACCCGCCUCACCAAACCGCGUGCCUUAGCCAAGCCAUGGUGGUCGUGGUCCGGCCGCUCUAGCACCCUCGCGCGCGCGCGCCUCGCGGAGCCAGCCAUGGACCCGCCGUCGUCGUCCAUCACCUUCGCCUCCUCCUCCUCCUACCUCUCCAACGGCUCCAGCCCCUGCUCGCUGCCGUCGGGGGCGCUGGCGCCGCCGCCGCCCGCCGCGGAGGGAUGCGGCGGCGUGGAGAGCGCCAGCCUGGCGCGCCUCAGCCACAACCUCGAGCGCCUCCUCCUCGACCCCGACCUCGACUGCAGCGACGCCGACGUCGACAUGGCCGACGGCGGGCCGCCCGUCCCCGUCCACCGCUGCAUCCUCGCCGCGCGCAGCCCCUUCUUCUACGACCUCGUCCGCGGGGCCCGCCGCGGCGGCGGCGGCGACGGGCUCCUCCUCUCCGCCGCGAUCUCCGGAGGCGGAGGCGGAGGCGGGGGUGGGGACGGGACCGGGAGGAGGCCGCGGUACAAGAUGGAGGAGCUCGUCCCAGGGCGCCGCGUGGGGCGCGAGGCCUUCCUCGAGUUCACGCGCUACCUCUACACGGGCAGGCUCCGCCCCGCGCCGCACGACGUCGUGUCCUGCGCCGACCACGCGUGCCCGCACGACUCAUGCCCGCCCGCCAUCAGGUUCGCCGUCGAGCUCAUGUACGCCGCCUGGACCUUCAAGAUCCCCGAUCUCGUCGCCGUCUUCCAGCGACGGCUUCUUAAUUUUGUUGACAAGACUCUAGCAGAAGAUGUCCUUCCUAUUUUGCAAGUUGCUUUCCACUGCGAGCUUUCUGAGGUGCUAAACAAAUGUGUCCAGAGGAUUGCAAGGUCAGAUCUGGAUAGUGUAUCUUUGGAUAAGGAGCUCCCUCCAGAAGUUGCUGAUGAGAUAAAAAGGAUCCGGGAGAAGUCUCCACCUGAUGAUGGCGACCCUAUCAUUCCUGACCCUGUGCACGAGAAAAGAGUCAGGAGAAUCCACAGGGCGCUUGACUCUGAUGAUGUCGAACUUGUGAAAUUGCUUCUUAUUGAGUCUGACAUCACCUUAGACGACGCCAACGCAUUGCAUUAUGCUGCUGCUUACUGCGAUUCAAAAGUUGUUUCAGAGUUGUUAGAGAUGGAAUUGGCCAGCUUGAAUUUGAAGAAUAGACGUGGAUACACAUCGCUCCACCUGGCUGCUAUGAGGAGAGAACCCGCUAUUAUUAUGCGUCUCCUAGGAAAAGGAGCCGUGGCGUCACAGUUGACAAAUGAUGGCCGGCUUGCAAGUAAUAUUUGCCGGCGGUUAACAAGGUUAAAAGACUACAAUACAAAGAUGGAGCAGGGCCAAGAGUCAAAUAAAGACAGGAUGUGCAUCGAAAUCCUAGAGAGGGAGAUGAUGAGGAAUCCUAUGAUAGUGGAAGAUUCUGUCACCUCACCUUUAUUGGCUGAUGAUCUUCAGAUGAAACUAGCCUACCUGGAAAACAGAGUUUCGUUAGCAAGAUUCUUCUUCCCUGCUGAAGCGAAGGUUGCCAUGCAUAUUGCACAGGCAGAUAUCAUACCAGAAGUUGGCGGGGUUUCUGCAGCAAGUACCUCUGGUAAACUGAAAGAAGUUGAUCUGAACGAGACACCAGUACUACAAAACAAAAGGCUCCGUUCAAGGGCAGACGCGCUAAUGAAAACAGUGGAGCUGGGCCGUCGGUACUUCCCAAACUGCUCACAGGUGCUAGACAAAAUUUUGGAGGAUCACAUGUCGGAUGGGUUCGCUGUGUUCCAUCAGCAAAACGGCACCCCUGAUGAGCAAAAGGUGAAGAAGAUGCGCUUGGGCGAACUGAAGGAGGACGUGCGCAAGGCAUACAGCAAAGACACGGCCGAUAACAGCGUGUACUCGGUCCUGUCAUCUAACUCCUCAUCCUCGCCGCCCCAGAUGGCCGCGAAGAAGUGAGGGAAACCGCUUCCAAUGUUACUGGAACAGAAUACUAAAGAGGGAUCUGCUAGGCAUGCGUAUGUAUAGUGCUUACAGUGGUGUAAAAUUAGAUAUUAAAGGAAGCCCCGGAUAGUAGAGGAUAGUAUAUACACUGUGCUGGACCUGAGUGUUGGAGGAGGCUCCCGUAUGCUCGUUGUGAAGGAAGAGGCGCUGAUCGACUCCGACGCUAUGCGUGCAGCAUGCUGUCUUUGUUUCCUAUAUAGCCGUUGCAAUAGUUAUAUGUUCAAUACUAGGGAGUAGUAGUGGUUCUUGAGGCUGUAGCAGGACUUGGAACUUCAUGUGUAAGUGAAAGGAGACAGUUGCUUAUUGUCCAUUUGUUAUCAAUACAUACAUAGUUGGUUUCCGUAGCUCAAAUUCUAUGAGCUGCUGGAAGAUGAUGUAUUCCUGUG